GCUGAAGAUGUCAGCUCGGUCAUGUGAUCAGCUGUGUCCAAUCACAGCUGAUCACAUGUAAACAGGAAAAUGCCGGUUAUCAGCAUUUCUCUCCCCACGACAUUCCUCGGAGCGGACAUCUACACUGAUCAUCAGGGCACUGAUGAUCAGUGUGCCCUGAUGAUCAGUGUGGCCCCAGAAGUGCCACUUGUCAGUGUCCAUCAGUGCCAGCUGCCAGUGCUGAACAGUGCCACAUCAAUGCCACAUAUCAGUGCCUACCAGUGCACAUCAAUGCCACAUAUCAGUGCCCAUCUGAGCUGCCUUUCAGUGUCACCCAUCAGU